GUUAAGUUUAUUUUUUUUAAAAAAAUAAAUUGAAAAAAGAAACAUGAAAUAUGAUUGUUUAACAAUUUGUCGUUUAAGAUUUCAAGGAACUUUAUCUUCAUUUUGUUCAUUGAAUCAAAAUUUUAAAAAUCCGGUGUUUUUUUAUUUAAAUUCAUCAAAAAAAAUACAAAUAUUAAGAGUUUUAAGAACAUCUUGUACACCUUAUUCAACAUGCAAAACAGGAGAGAUAUCUGUCAAAGAACAUUAUAAUAAAUCUAAAUCAUUUUUAGAAAGGUUAAGACAUUUAAUGAGACAAUAUGGCAUUGUGGGCGCAUAUGUUUAUUUUAGCAUCUGUCUAAUUGAUUUUGGUAUUUCAUUGGCUCUUGUAAAGUCAUUAGGCACUACGACGAUUGGAUUUUAUGAAAAAAAAAUUAUUUCAAAAAUAGAAAAUUUUACAGGUUGGAGGCCUAAAAAUAACCGAAUUUCUUUAUCCGAAAAUAAGGAAAAUGAAAAGAAUACAGAAGCAAGUAUUUGGGCAGAAAUAGCUAUUGCAUAUGGUAUUCAUAAACUAUUAAUUUUUGUUCGAGUUCCUUUAACUGCAGUAUUCACCCCACCAUUAGUUAGAUUACUAAUUCGACAAGGAUGGUCGAUUAGCAAACAUUUAAAAAAAUAACAUUUUAAUAUUGGCUAUAAUUUUUUAUAUAUGUAAAAAUAUU